CGGUACUGCAAACAGUCAUGUUAUUUACUUACAAUUACUUGCUUGGAUAUCUCUACGGCUCCAUACUGGCCGGUCUGGACGUGAUACAGCCAAAUACUGGUAUGACAUAGGAUUUCCUGCUUAGCGUAGCCCACUGCACUGUCAGCUAGUCCAGGACAUCCUGAAAUACUGCCAAAUACUGGUACUGGUACUGUAUAUCGACUAGGGCAACACUAAAGUAAAGGUUUGCCUCGCUUGAGAUAUCCACGUCGCCAAGCCACUGCCUGCAGCUUAGUCUUCGCAAGCAUAUUGCUUACAUAGCGCACUGCCCGCUGACUGCUGUUGCAAGGAGUGCUAGCCGUUGCAUGGGACCGUUUUAUUUUGACAAACUAAGUUUUUUAUUUGGAGAGAGAGACUCAUGAAUGACCUCGUCGCGGAUCUCGUACUGCCAAGCUAGCUCGACACGACACCUCACAGCCCGGUGCAUGUUGACGAGUGCUAGUGUUGCCUCGUGCCGCUAGCGCUGCAUGUUCGCACCUAGCCUGGGAUACAAGUCCAGCGCAGACGAUCUUGCGCGGCUUGGAAGUUGGAUGCAUCAAUAACUCGCCAUCGAGUCGGAUGGCGACGAUCCGUUGAGAAAAUCUACUGAUUCACGGCUGAGCUGCUUUAUCUGCGCGAAGUUCCGGUAAUAGAGCAGCGUUGAACAUGGAUGUUGUAUAUUUGGCUUUGACCUAUCCAGUGCGUGUAGUGUGGCAUACACUUAGAACGUUGUUUCUACCUUGCCGCAGCAAUGUAGAGUUGGUCCACGGGAACGGCAGUCCACCGGAGUGGCUGGACGCAUUCAAGAAAGCCUGCUCGGCACUGGACGGGUUUGUGCCAACUCCCUGGGCACCGGGCGCGCUCAGCCAGACCAUACUCGGAUCGACGGUGUUCAGCAUGGACUCGACGGUGAAGUUCCGCCGCGAGCUGUUGAACACUCCCGAUGGCGACGUGGUGGUGCUGGACUGGGUGUGCGCGGAAUCGGAUGCCGCCACCACACAACACGGUACGCACGCGGACAGCGAGGACAGCACGCCGAUAUGCCUGAUACUCCACGGAAUAAACGGCAAUUCGAGCUACGUGGCAGCCGGUGCCCGUGUGGCCAUGGAGCAUGGCAUGCGUGCCGUCGGUGUCAACAAGCGCGGCCAUGCCGAGGGCGUUGACCUCCUGCAGCCCAGGCUGAUGUCGCUGACGGAUCCUACCGACGUGCGCCUCAUCGUCACCACGCUUAAGUCGCGCCACCCGAGCGCCCCUCUCUUCCUGGUGGGAUGCUCGGCUGGUGCCGCGCAGGCCUCAUGUUACCUCAUGGACUAUCCCGACGACCAUCUCCUGGAUGGAGUGGUGUGCGUGUCGCACGGCUUUGAUGCUAGACAACUGUUUGAGGGCGGUUGCCUCGUCUGGCCUUACAGCUACUAUAUGCUUAAGGGACUGAAGGACUUUGUGGAGAAGAACAAAAGAGCGCUGGGAAAAUGCAUUGACCUGGAUGAGGUGCGUCGCACGUCAACAUGCGUGGACUACUACACAAACGUUGACGUGAGAAUUUACGGUGCGGAGUCCUUUCCGGCGUUGGUUGGGUUCGAGGAGAAGCUGUCCUCGUUCCAACGCGCCGACGUGCCGUUUGCGUGUAUUCAUUCGCGAGACGAUCCCGUCAUACCGGCGAAGAUGAUUCCGUUUGACGUCAUUGGCGGCAAGAAGGACUCUCUGCUCAUCCUUAGCGAUCACGGUGGUCACUGCGGCUUUCUAGAAGGCUGGUCGGGCCGUCGGUGGGACUUCCACGUAGCCUGCUCAUUCCUGCAACAAGUCUCCUCGUGGAAGGCAAAAAAGGAAUAGUAGUGACGCUGGGCAGCAUUCAUACUAGUAAGCUGAACACACUAGUAGACAUUUGCCAAUAUUUAUAAGAAUAUUAUUAUAGUAGCUGGCCAGCUGGAAAUAUUUUGAUUUUGAGUCAGAAAUUCUUCUUCGUGGACUUGAAUAACAGCUGGCCGCACACACUGCAUUUUCUAGCUGGUUCUGCUGGUGGCACAGUGCAGCUGUGUCACGGCGAGUGGUCUUCGGUCGUCUGGUACGUGGUGGCACAGUGCAGCUGUGUCACACGGCGAGUGGUCUUCAGUCGUCUUCGUUGCAAUCCGUGAACUGAUCUCGGACCAAAGCGCCGUGUGCGCUUUCCCCAGGCUACUCCAUUCCGCAUGGCGGGCAGACCCGCAGACAGACUGUAACCACGGCAACAACAGCACGAUCAAUCAUGAGUGGAUGUGACGGGUGCAUGCUGCCGCGUCCCGGCAGCGCCCACUGUCGGCAUAGCAACAGUGCCGGCGGCCAUGCCACCGCCGUCGUCAUGGCAGCACUGCAGGCAUGCUGCGCACAUCGAGUGUCGUUGCGCAACCGCUGUGCAGUGGCCGCCACCGCUGUCGUGGUGCUGAACCCUGUACAAGUACAAGUAGCGGCAUCGCUGCUGCAAGUACAGUCAGUAGUACAGUAGUGUUGGUCGUCGAAGAACUGGGGUGUCAGCCUCCUAGCCUAGACCGUUCUUGUUUCCAUGUAUUACAGGCUAUGCACAGUUGAGUCACCGUGUAUACAUACCGUAAUGUCGCGUAUAAAAGCAGGUGCUAAUACGGCCGUAUAAGCCGGGGUUCAAACCAUGCUUCUAUUCAAAACAUGCUUCUACGUCAACAUCUUCAGUCUAUGCUGUACAGUGUACAUUGUGUGUCACGGCGCGCUUUGGAAAAUCGGCUUCUAUUCGAGCCAUGCUUCUAUACAGGUCAUGCUUCUAUACAGGUCAUGCUUUUAUACAGGUCAUGCUUUUAUACGCGACACUACAGUAAUCAUUGGUAUGCUGUGCUUGAUGAAAUUCUAGCCUGGCCGUUCUUCGGCGCCCGGCAGUACUGUACACUCCCUAUCUGUAUAAUAUGCACUCUGACGCUGCAGUGCUCGGCAAAGAUGCUUCCGUACGUAAACUACGGGGGAAGUACAUGACAUCGACAAUGUCAUGUGAGUAUCACACACACACACGCUCUACGACUGUGUCACACAUGCUGCAUUUCAAGAAGUGAAAAUGCUCGCGCUAGCUGCAAUAGAUGCAUUGCCAAGAUACUGCUGCCGAACGUUGUACGUCGUUGCAUGAAUCA